AUUCAUGGACAUUUUUAGUAAACUUGUAAAGGAUUUUCGGAGCGUCUUCUUUUUAAGACUGUAAUGACAAAAAUACAAUUCAACUGCAGACAUAAUGCAAAACAUUAAAAGAAUCAGUGAAAUAGGUUGAUUAUACAUUCGCUUAAAGCUUACGAAAGAAACUGAAAAUUUUUCAGUACCUUUUUUCUCCAAGUAUACUUUCAAACAAUGUCAGACUGCUAUAAAAUGGGCCUCGGUGGCUCCAAAACUGCGGAUCCCGAAGGUCCCGUUGAAACUGAAAAUGUGCCUGCGAACGAAACUGUCACUGCGAUAGAGUCCGAAAAUGUUGAUCAAUUAAGCAGCACCAACAUUGAAGGAACUUCGGAAAGUGAGGAAUUAAAUACAGCGGACAUUAUUACUGAAACGUCGGAAUCGCAGGGUGUAUCUGCUAGCGAUUCCACUCUCGAAAGUGAAAUUGACGCUCUUUCUAAAAUAAUAACAGACGCAAAAGAGGAGGUAAACAAGAGUACGGCAGAUUUUAAUGAAGAUGAAAAGUGUGCUAACGAAAUGGACAUUGAGGACAAUUUUAACGAUGCUUGUAUCGACACAAUUGUGGAAACAAAAUCGGACAGUGAGCAAGGUAUUACUGAACCUGAGAAGAAGGAAAAAAGUGAAGAAUUUCAAGAAGAGGAAUCUCGAGAGGAGAAUAGUAAAAAUACCCUAAUUAAUAUUCCAGAUGAGAGUUCAGAGACAGUGAAUAUUCAAAGUAGCACUCCCAUUUCUGAAGAAUCAACAAACGAAAAUAUUCAGGAUGUACAGAAUGAUUCUCCAAACCCCUUUGUUAGUGCAACUGAUGAAUCUGACAACAAGAAUAAUUCAAACGUAUCCACUGUUAGUAAUUUAAAUAAUAGUUUACUAAUGAUUGGCGAAGCAUAUAUUUCAGAAGACUCCCAAGGUUCAGAUUACGAAAAUCCUAUCCAAAGCGAAACGACUAAAACAGUAGAUAGUAAAACGGAAUUAAUUCAGAAUGUGGCUUCUGAUGACAAAGAGGAGGAUAUUUUGGAUAAAUGUACUGCAGAAACUGUUGAUGAAAAUGUGGAUUCGACAGAAAUAAUUACAGCCGAUGAAAUUAGGAAUGUUGACGAACCUGAGGUAAGCGAAUGCCCAACCACACCGAAAGAUGCAGCGGAUCCCGAGGCACCCAUCGAAAGUAAUUCUACAAAUGAAGCUGACGCUACAGAAAAUGUGUCAAGUCCAACUGUGACUGAUGUUCAAUCUGUUGAAUUAAUUGAAUCAAUUGAAUCAAUUGAACCCUUACCGGAUAUUUCGACAAAGUUAAAUUUGUCUGACAGUGAACAGAAUGAAGAACUUUCUUCUACUUCUCCAAAAGAAGAAUCAAACGUGUCCCUAAAAGAAAUCAAAGAUUCAAAUUUAAAAUUCUCUGACAGUGAACAGAAUGAAGAACUUUCUUCUACUUCUCCAAAAGAAGAAUCAAACGUGUCCCUAAAAGAAAUCAAAGAUUCAAAUUCAAAUUUGUCUGACAGUGAACAGAAUGAAGAACUUUCUUCUACUUCUCCAAAAGAAGAAUCAAACGUGUCCCUAGAAGAAAUCAAAGAUUCAAAUAAAAUUUGCUCUGAAGAAGAUGAUAUUACAUUACAAUUGGCUGCGGACGGAAAUUCACAAGACUUGAUUACAGAAACUAAUCAAGUACUACCUGGAGAUGAGGCAGAAGAAAUUCAAAGCACAGAUGAAGUGCCCACUACUAACGACUGUAGUGAUUCAACAUUUGAUGACAAAUUACAAGAGUCUUCAGAUAAUUUACAAGAGUUAAAUAAUGCAGCUGCAGAUGUUUGCAAUGUAGAAACUGUGGACGAUGAAAAUUUGAAUUCAAAACAGGACUUUGGUGCAAAAAGUGACGAAGAAGAAAAAACGGACAUUGUUCUCAAAUUCAUAGAUGAAGAAAAGCCAAAUGAUCUAGAAGAUGAGAAUCCAUCUGAUGUAAAUAGUGAAGAAAUUCAACAUUCUGAAGAGAAGGUCGAAUCAUUAGACAUUACUGAAAAUAUGGACAUUUCUGUUAAAACAUUAUUAACUGACGAAAUGGAAAAAAAUGAAAAUUCUGUAGAUAUUUUGAAUACGGAGAUUAGUACAGAAAAUGUUAUUAGCGAUAAUCAAAAUGAAGAUAAUGAAGAAACAAUUUUUACAUCUCUUGGCGAUGUAUUGCAAUUAGAAGAAGCUGAUGACUCAGAGAGUAAAGAGGAAAAAUGCGACGCUCCUUGUGAAAAUGAUAUUCAAGAAACUGAAGAAAUACCUCAAGUGGAAGAAGUUUCAAGUUCAGAUUUGCCAAAAUCUGAUGACAAAUUGGAAGAAAAUGAAACUGCAGUCAUACAAAGUCCUGAAAUUGAAACUCAAUUAGAAAAUCAACCCCCUGAAGAAGAAACAAUAGAAAUUUUCGAAGAUACUCAGAAUGAUUUCAAGUUUGAAGAAAAUGCUUCGCCUGAAAAUAAAUCUAAAGAUAUUGACAGUGCCUGUGAUCCCGAAUCUAUUUUUGCAAACACUGAUGUUUCUGAAUUAGAAUCUGCAGUUAAAUUUCUACAAGAAUCUGAAGAACAAAUUACAGACUCAUCCCUUGAACUUGCACCAAAAAUGAAAGUAAAUGUUGAUAAAAAAUUAUCAGAACAGGAAAACUUUUUUAUUUCUGAAAAAAUGACUAAUGAAUCUAAUUUAGAAAUAGUUUCAAGUAUUGAGUCUAUUAUAGAAAGUUCUAUUGCGAUUUCAGAAGCUGAAAUCAUUUCUGAAGCGGCGAAAUUGGAAAGUGAACGAAAAGCUACUCAGAGUUCGAUUGCAAUUUCAGAACCUGCGAAAUUGGAAAAUGAACAUAAAGCUACUCAGAGUUCGAUUGCAACUGCACAAGCUGCGAAAUUGGAAAGUGAACGAAAAGCUACUCAAAGUUCGAUUGCAAUUUCAGAAGCUGAAAUUAUUUCUGAAGCUGCAAAGUUAGAAAGUGAGCGCAAAGUAAAAUUGUCGGAGGAAAAUCCUAAAACAGAGGUAAAUUCCACUGAAUCUUCUUCAACCGAGUCAGAAAGUCAAAACAUAAAUGAAGAAUCUGCAUUGAGGACUUCGGAAGUGCCAUUUUCUUUCAAAACAUCAGUUUUGGAGGAGCGACUGAAAGAACCGCCGAAAAUAGUAAUUCCCAAUCAGGAUGUGGUGAAAACAUGCGACUCGUCUCCAGCGUCGAAAUCAAGUCUAUUGAUUCAAAAAGAUGCGAAGCAAACCUAUUCGAAAGUUGAAUGUUCUAUCAAAGCACCCGAGAAAGUGGAGAAUUCGAGGAAAGACGAAAAAACCGAUUCGGAGAAUGUUGGAUCACCUAGAAUAAUUUUGAAGAUUGCAAAGUCUGCAAUAACAGAUUGCGGCGAACCGAAAUCGCCAAAGAGUCCCAAGGUGCGAUCUGCGGCAAAUUCUCCAAAUCCAGACGACAGCCCGGGUCAAAAGUUAGGUAAAAUAAAGUUAAAGUUAUCUAAAAGUGGACAUCUCUCUAUUGUGUCUAAUGAAAAUGUGGAGGAAGUCUCUCAUCGCUUUACGGAAAGCGAGAAUAGACCAACUCUGUCUCCUCUUGGCAUGAAGAUUAAACUGUCAAAAUCUGGCGAGGCUUCAGUGAUUCAGGCAGAAAAGGUCGAGGACGAUGAAAAAGUUGAACAGAAACCUGAGGAAGGUAAGAAGCCCGAAUGUGCACUUGGUAUGAAGAUUAAGUUAACCAAGUUUGGUGAUGCAUCAAUAGUAUCGCAAGAUUUAAAAGAAAGUUUGCCCAAAAGCAAAGAAAAGUCAGAAACAGCUCCGGAAGUAUCGAAGAAGAGUGAAGCCUCUCUAGGUAUGAAACUGAAACUAUCGAAAACGGGAGACGUUUCAAUUGUGCCUUCGGAGAAACAGGAGCCUCAGCAAGAGUUAACAAGGCGGACUGAAUCUCCUCUUGGAAUGAAGAUUAAACUAUUGAAAGGCGGCGAUGCAUCUAUUGUUUCGUCAGAUUGUUCCGAAGAGGCGAAAGUAAUUCCAAUUGUAAGUGACAAAAGAGACAUUACAGAAAGUGAUAAAUUUAGAAGUGAAUCCCCAGUUGGCAUGAAAAUAAAAUUGGCCAAAACUAAAGGUGGAUCGGCAAUUGUUUUAGUCGACAGCACAGAGGAAAGAACGGAAAAAUUAGACGUUCCGGAUAAUACUUCGAAACGAACGGAAUCUACACUAGGUAUGAAAAUAAAAUUAUCUAAAUCCGGAGAUGCAUCCAUUAUACAUCAAGAAGUUCCCGAAGUUACUACCGAAUCAGCGAAGCAAAAAGAGGUUUCAGAAACUGCUGCAAGUGUACCGGCGAAACCCACAGAUUCUCUCGGCAUGACUAUUAAAGUAUCGAAGACAGGCGAGGCAACAAUAUUGCACUGCAAAUCUGCUGAUUUAUCAGAAAAAUUGGAUCACUCCGAGGAAUCUAAAGGUAAAGAACAUUCAGAAACGCUUAAAACUGUCGAGUCGUCAAGUUCAAUGAAAAUAAAAUUAGUAAAAACCAGCGAUUCUCCUACAGUGCAACAUGAGAUUAUCACCGAAACUGAAUCAACAAACACUGAAUCUUGUAAAUCAGAAAAGGAACCAAUUCUGGAAAUAAAGUCUCCUCAAACAGCGAAAGUGAAGCAUGCGAGACUCAAGGAAUUAACUUCCGCGGAUCCGGAGAGAAAAGAAAAACAAAAGACUACUAAAGACUCAGGUAAACGACCUGAGGAACAUUCCUUAGAAAUGAAAAUUAAAUUGUCGAAAACCGGUCAUCCUACAAUUGUAACAUGCGAAAGUCACUCAGAUCCCUCUUCCAGCAAAAUUAAGGAAACAUUUGAUACGCAAACCAAUUUGCCCUACAAAUUUCAUGAGGCUAAGAAGGAAGAAGUAUAUUCCUUCGCAUCGCAGAAUAAGGAAUCCGAAGUUAUGAUCGAAUCGCCAAAUUCACAAGUUCCCAAAAAAGAUGUUUCGAAAGAGAUCUGUCACAAGCGGAAAGAUAUUAGUUUUUGUCCAUCCGAACCAAAGAAGCUCAAGUUUGAAACGAAUUUAAGUAACAUGUUACCUGAAGUUACAAUCCAACCUGUGGCAUCGAAGCAACAGAAACGAAUAAUCCUCGAGUCAAGCAGCACCACUCCGCUUGAAAAAAUAAAGAUAAAUCAAGAAAUUAGCAUAACGGAAAUUAAAUCAAAGGUUAGCAUCAAACCCUUACCAACAAGUAGCGUCGCUGAAGAGAAAGUGAUUAAUAAAAUGUUCACUUCAUCUCCUACGAGUUCAGACUGUGAAAUUAUUGAGCACAGACCCGAAUUGGUUAUUGUUAACGAAAACUCAAAUUCCAGCCAGGAUGUUGUUAUAAUAGAAGAAGUUCCUUCAGUUCGAAUGUUAGAAGUUAAAAUACCAAAGAAAAGAGGCCGGCCACGAAGAAACGACACAACAUCAAGAUUCGUGGAACCAAUUCAAAUUAUGUUACCUCGGGAUCCUCUUGCUUUAGAUGACGCCUCAUCGCUUUCUCAGGAACCGAAGGAAAAUGAAAGACCUAGAAGAACUUGCAGAAGUCAGAAAAGUUAUGCGCCACCCAAGAGAGGAAGAGGAGGGCGAGGUCGAGGAAAAAGAAAACUUGAUAACACUGAAAUGUUACUACACAAAAAGUCAAGAGUUGAACAAGAUUUAACUGCUAUUGAAAAAUCCACAAUGAGUAUCAUUGCAAUAGAUAGACCGCAAAAGAAAAUUGAAAAAAUGAAAGAAAAAUUAUGUGAUAUUCCUAUGCCUUCCACGGUGACGCUAAUUAAGGAUGUUUCUGAAAGUUUGCCAAGUAAUUUAGAGAAGAUAUCUGAAAAAAUGUCUAUUUCGAAUUACAAUAAAGAGGAAUUGGGAACUUCGAAUGAUAAUGAUAAGAAUAAUGCAAUGAUAAAUGAUCAUCAGAAUUGGCUGACGCCUACUUCGAAGAAAGUUUCUGAGCCUUCUUCCACCCGCAAUGAAUCUAUUUCAACAGUUCAAGUUAUAGACGAGGAAACAAGAAUGAGUGCAGAAUCUGGAUCGAGAUCACAAACACCAGCCAGAAAUAUAACAGCCUCCGAGACAGUUAUAAACGAAGAAUCUCAAGGUAGUGUCCUGAGUACAGCAACUACAGAAUCUGAAAGAGUAAAAGUUAAAAACCGACGAAUGGAAAUUAAUUUCGAUCCUGAUGAGGGUUCAUUCACAGUCGACAAGAUUGCUGAAUACGAAUGGCCCGUUGACAGGAAAGGUGAAACUUUCAUGGUGCAAGAGCAAAUUUCGCAAUACUUGGGAGUGAAGUCGUUCAAGAGAAAAUAUCCAGAUUUAAAACGCAGAAUAGUGGACAUGGAGGAAAGGAAUUACUUGAGAGAAAAUGCUUUAGUUAGUGAAGCAAUGUGUGACAUGGGACUUACUGCUUUACCUAGUUCAGAAGUUUUGGACAUUAUGUGUAGCGACUUUCCUGAUCAGUAUGAAGAGUAUCGUAAGCAUAUGCGUGAGAAACAAGUUAAAGAACAUUCUAAGAAGCAGAAGGAGCUAACGGCAGCAGCAAAUGCAGAGAGAAAUAGAAUAGAUCUUGCAGAAAUGGCGAUGCAGUCUGCCCUAUCGUGGAAUGUUAAUUUAAACAGAGCUCGCAAUGAUAACAGAAAAUCAAGUUUAGACUUGCAAACUUUUACCAUUCAUUUGCCUAAGAAGGAACCAAAAGUUGAAGCGGAUCGUCCUUCGAGCUACUAUCCUGUUGCUCUUAUUCCCGGACAGUUCACUGAUUAUUACCGAGAAUACACGCCUGCCGAGUUGAGAUAUUAUCCUCUAAAUACAGUUUUAUAUGGACCUAUGAAACCCAACGAGCAAAAAUUCGACAGUCAGUCGGAAGGGUCUCAGAGUGAUAGCGACAGUGACUCUUCAUCUGAUGAUUCAAGUUCAUCAUCUAGCGAUGGAACCCAAGGAACAGAAGCUUCUCAGUCCACAAUGGAUGACGUUGACAUGGAAUUGGUAUUACAAAAGACUGAAGGAAAAUCAGUCAAAUUAAUUUGUUAAUAAAUUUAUUGGAUAAAUUUGUAUAAAGUUGAAUAUCGUCGAUGAUAAGUUUCCAAUUAUUUUUUCUAAUGUAAAAAUUAAUAGGUUUAUAGUAAUAAAAUCUUUGUCAUAUUACAAUUAAA